AUGUCUUCGACGGUGCAACAAUUCCCGGCAUAUGUUACGAACGGAACGUUCUUUAGCGUAACAAAACCGAUUUAUAAAGAAAUAACGAAUCAUACAAGCCCUACCAGUCGAGUGUCGCCUAGUCAAAAUGCAGCAUUGAACAGCUACGGACACAAAGGAGUACUACAUUCCCUGCCACAUAACCAAUCGAAUAAUAAAUCGGAACCUGCAGCAGUAGCUUUGGAAAAUAAACAGAAGCGCUCACGUACAGCAUUCACCAGAACUCAAAUAUUAGAGCUGGAAUGUGAGUUCAGAAAAAAUGUCUACCUCUAUCGCACACGCCGCAUCGAAAUUGCCAAACGUUUGUGUCUACGUGAACGACAGGUAAAGAUAUGGUUCCAGAAUCGUCGCAUGAAGGAAAAGAAAGAUUCUAAACUCCCUAAUUGUAAUGACAAAUUAACUGCAAAGGACUCCCAAACUUUGAGCGAGCAAAUUACACACAGAGGCAUCGUGCAACGUCUUAUGUCAUAUUCCAUUGAUCCUUCCAUAAGACGUCAGAUGGGAGUAAGUGACGGAGUUUACAAUCCGAAAAUGUCGCGCGCCGUAAAGUGUGCAGUCGGUUUAGAACCCGCAGCACGAAAUGGAGCUCCGCCGUUAUCAAGCCUAUCUCCGGAUCUUGGUGAAAUCUUACAUCAUCUAAGCCAAACCACGCACAUUUCAGCGGCGCUGUCCUCAAAGGAAGUGGUUGGGAGUGAAUCCAUGUUUAAAAACUUGAGAGAAGCUCCGCACGAUGAUAGCUCCAAAAUAAAAGGAAGAGAAGGAACGCAAGCAGCACAGCAGAAUGAAUAUGAAUCAAAUGGCUGUCCCUCUGAACCGGCGUCUGUCUCAUUGCUCAAACCAUCUCUUAACUUUUCUUGGUGCGAACCAUUAAAUUGGCUGCUGUCAGAGAAUAAUUUUUAG